AUGGCUUGCACAUGUCGUGUCACGCCUUUAAAGAUCUUUGUCCAAGGUCUAUCUCAAGUGCACAAGCUUGAAGCCAAACCCUCCUUCGUUCGCCUUCCCGCUUCCGCCACACGACCUGCCCUCUAUCAGAAUCACUUUGCCUUGCCACGACAAGCUCGGUCCAUUCAUGCGUCAAAGCAGCUAAGCCAAGAUGCUUCCAGCGCAAGUUCGGUCCUAGCCAGCUUAGAUUUGGAUACCAAUUCUUCUCCGAAGGAUAAAUCUCCCGCCGUGAGCAGCGAGGCUCCCCAGCCUGAGCGUCCAACCGAAAGAUCAGACUCAUCGGAGCCCUUGCCCACGCCAGCAGCCCCCAAAUACCAACCUCGCAAGAGGGCCGACUUCUAUGAUACAAAUUGGAGUAAAAAUGUGAACAGGGAAACAAGCAGCCCACCUAGGAGAGAAUUCAAAGGUGCCUCUGUUGAGCGAACUGAACGACCCGAGCGACCCAAGGGACCUUCACCAGGCGAACCGCAGUCAAAGGCGGAUAUGUGGAAGGCCCAGAAGGCGGCUCUGAAGGAAAAGUUCCCUGAAGGAUGGCGUCCGAGGAAGCGUCUCUCCCCAGAUGCGCUAGCCGGUAUCCGCGCGUUGAACGCCCAGUUCCCCGAUGUCUACACGACAGCCGCCCUGGCGACAAAGUUUGAAGUAUCGCCCGAGGUGAUCCGCCGAAUCCUCAGGAGCAAGUGGCAGCCCACUAUCAAGGAGGAGGAAUCGCGACAGGAGCGCUGGUUCCGUCGUGGCAAGGAUGUCUGGGAGACAAAGGCAGCCCUUGGCAUCAAGCCGCCGCAGAAGUGGCGCCGAGAGGGUGUUGCACGAGACCCCAGCUAUCACGCCUGGAGGCAAGAUGCUAUUCAGCGAAACCGAGAGAAUGAGGAGCAGGAUGAUCGAGAGGUUCAUAGAGGUUAUCGACCUCGA